AUGGCGGAAAUACAACCCCAGAAAGUCUACGAUGUUGUCGUGGUUGGUGGGGGUCCGGCCGGAUUAAUGGCCGCACUGUGUCUCACGACCUAUGGCUUCAAUAUUUUACACAUCGACGAGCGUCCCCAUCCUACAACUGCUGGGCGAGCCGACGGAAUUCAACCGAGAACAAUUGAGGUUUUGCGCAACAUCGGUGGCGUUUCCACUGCUCCAAUACCCGGCGGGCCUGUUGUCGGGCAGCCUCCAAUCGGUGGUGGUGGUCUUGCAAAGAGGAUGAUCAGCCAAGGCGUUCGCGUUUAUGAGGUCGCUUUCUGGGACCCUACACCCACUCAAAAGCUCGCCCGUACUUCCCGAGCUCCGUCCUGCCCCGAGUUUAUUGACGUCGUCGAUAACUACACACUCCUCCUCCAUCAAGGUCUCAUUGAGCAAGCUUUCCUCGAGGAAAUCGAAGCGCGCCGGACCGUGCUUCCCGACCCACAACCCACGCCGCCGAGCGGCAUCUUUCGUCCUUACAACCUUCAAGACUGCCGUACCCUGUCAGAAAGCGAAGACCCACUAAGCAGGAGCCACCCUGUCGAGUGUACAAUUGAAAACGGCGACACCAAGACCACUUAUACGAUUCGUUCGCGGUACUUGCUUGGUUGCGAUGGUGCAAAGAGCCACGUUCGGCGAUGUAUCGCCGGAGGCAGAGUGGGCGACGGAGAAUGGCAAGGAAAGAUCACAAUGCAGGGCGAGGCUACCGACAUUAUUUGGGGUGUUUUGGACGCCAGAGUCAAGACCAAUUUCCCGGAUAUCAAGUACAAAUGCCUCAUCCACUCGAGGUCAGAGGGUAGCAUCAUGAUAAUUCCACGAGAGGCCAACCUGGUCCGGUUUUAUGUGCAACUUCAGACAACAGACAAUGGCAAGAUUGUUUCUAUUGCUCGCGACAAAGCUACACAAGACAUUUGCAUUGCUCGCGCAAAGAAGAUCUUCGAGCCCUACGACCUCGAGUUUGGUUAUGUCGACUGGUUCUCCGUUUACCAAAUUGGUCAACGUAUCGCAUCUUCAUACACACUCGACCACCGGAUAAUUCUUGGCGGAGAUGCGACUCAUACCCAUUCGCCACAAGCCGGUCAGGGCAUGAACAUCUCCAUGCUUGAUAUGUAUACCCUCUCCUGGAAACUCAACCUCGUCAUGAAGGGUCUCGCCCGACCAGAAGUACUUCUGCCCACAUACGAGGACGAGCGUCGGGGUGUUGCGCAGGAACUUCUCAAAUUCGAUGGCGCUUACUCGCGAUUGUUCUCUGGUCGUGGACCAGAUGCCAAACAGUUACCGAACGGUGUCGAUCCUGACGAGUUCAUCCGUAUGUUCAAGCAAAACGCCUUCUUCACCAGUGGUUGUGGGGCAGUCUACAGCGGAAAUGUGUUGAAUGCGCUUCCUGGGGAGAGGGUAGCGAAGGAAGGAAUAUUUAAUCCUCAGGGUUGCAAGCUCAUCCCCGGCCAACGGUUGACACCGGGCAAGGUUGUUCGUGUGGUUGACGGAAACGACGUGCGACUCCAGCAAGAAGUGAAGAUGAAUGGCGCAUUCCGAAUUCAUGUGUUUGCUGGAGAUCUGGCCAAGACACGUACGGCGUUGGAACGCUUUGCUGCGUUUAUUGACUCUCCUGGGUCCUUCUUCAACAAGUAUCGUGCAGCGCCUGGAACGCGAGCGAGCAUUAUCGAUGCACCAGCCGGCCUCAUAGACAAUGUUGGCGACGGCAAGUCAAGACAUAUCUUUAACCCAUUCUUUACCUUCCUCACUAUUGUCGGAACACAUUGGUAUCAAUGGGAGAUUGACGAGCUUCCAUCGCCUCUGCGCCUCUAUCGCUCGCAAGUAUACGGUGAUGCAGUUUUCGACAAACGCGUUCCUGAGUCAGCAGACCAAACUGCUUUGGGCCCUGAUUCCGCUCUCAAGCAACGGGCUUGUGCUCCAUUGCACAUCAAGUAUGGUUUGGACGUCAACAAGGGCGCGAUCGUGGUUGUGCGUCCUGACUCGUAUGUCGGCGCGGUGGUCGAGCUGAGCGAGGCUGGCUGCGAGGGCUUGAACGACUAUUUUGCGGGGUUCUUGAGAGAAAGUGGCGGAUCGCCAGUGAGGGCGAGUUUUUAG